CUUUGUCUAUCAGUCUCUCUUACUGUCAACUUGUGUUCCCUGUGAAUCUCUUAUGCGUUUAUCAAGCUACUUUAACAGUUUAUUGCUAUUCCAGUAAAUCCUCUUUACUCAUUCCUUUCAUCUUCAAUCAUCUUAACUCUUAACUCUUCCAUUCAUUCAUGUGUACAAAAUCAAAUUCAGCCAUUUCCCUGCUCAUAUUCAAAUAGUCAAUCAACUGUUUAAUCAACUUUCACCUUCCCAUCAAAAGCUAAUUCAGCUAGUUUCAUCUUUUAUUGUUUAUUUGCUGUGAACCUAAUUUUUCAACAAUUUAACCUGUAAUGCUUUUAAUUCUUGUUGCUGUUGGAUUCACUUUGAUCCUAUUAAUUGUAUUUAUAAUUGUAAUCAUUUCCCAGUAUGUUUCUUGAUCUUCAAAUGAAGGCUAAAAACCAAAUGAAAACCCAUUUUUUAUUAGUUUUGUAAAUGUUGACAUAAAAAUAUCUUCAAAAAUGUGAUUCUAUUUUGUUUUUACGAGAUCCAAACAAAACCUUCAAUCAAAUAAUCAUUACAUUACAUUUAAUCGCCAAAAACCCAAAAUAAAUCAACAGUUUGAAUCACAAAUCAAUCAGUCUCAUCAAGUUGUAUCAUAAAACCAGACAAAUGUUCAUUCGCAAACAAUUUCAAAGGAUGUGACCAAAUGGUUAUAAGCAAUCCUGAUGCGCCUAAAAAUGGAACCUUUACAUCACCAAUCAUUGAAAACAGCCAGAAUCAUACCCGUUCCUGUACAUACACAUUUAUUGCAUCAGAAAAUGAACGAAUUCAUAUAAAAUUUAAUCAUUUUGAUCUUCGCGGUUCUCCACCCGACUGCAAUCAUGAAUAUUUGGAUAUUUAUACGGAAUCUGAAGAUCCUAACCAGGACUUAAUUGUAACACCUUUUAGUGGCAGAUACUGUGGUCGUUCGAUUCCUCGAGAUCGAGUAUCUCUUUUUCAAACAUUAGUACUGAGCUUUCACACUGACAAACCUUUGUUAAAUGAAAAUAUCUUCAAUGGAACUUAUGAGUUCAUCGAUGCAACUCCUUUUAUCGCCGGAACUCCAACUCCUAGAGAAAUUUGUAGUUUUACAAUUUUUAGUGACAAGAAACGAGAUGGACAAUUUUUAUCGCCAACUUACCCCGGAGUUUAUCCUAAAAAUCUUCAAUGUCAAUAUCAAUUUUUUGGUGGCAAAGGUCAAAGAGUACGAGUAGAGUUUAUGGAUUUCGAUUUGCUUUAUGGUGGAGCUCAUUGUCCAUUCGAUCAAAUUCGUGUUUAUGAUGGAAGUACAAAAGAAGAUCCUCUUAUUGGAACUUAUUGUGGACAGAAACGCAACCUAGUUCUCUAUUCAUCAGGAGAAAAAAUGUUGGUAACCUUAACAACGCUACCAAGAAGUGCAUCACAUGAGAAUCGAGGUUUUAUUGGUUGGUUCGAAUUUUCAGAGCGUUUUGUUAAUUUAGGUUUUAUUGGAAAAAAUGACGGGGAACAUAUUCGGGGAACUGAAUGUGAUCAGAAAAUAUUAAGCCGAAAGGAAAAUAAUGGAACAAUUUAUUCACCCAAUUAUCCUUUUCUGUAUCAUUCAAAUAUUAUUUGCAAGUAUUACAUCUAUGGUAUCCAAGAUGAACAACAUUUGGAGAAAAUUCAACUAGAGUUUGAAAAAUUUGAAAUACCUAUUAAAGACAAGCUUAAGGUUAAUGGUAUUGUUCCAAUAUCCAAUUCAAACCCAAACAUCGAUUCAACCAACAGAGAUGACUCGGAAGUUUCGUACGAAUGUGGCGAUGCCUCUGUAAGAGUUUACACUUCAUCUGAGUCUAUGGAAGAUCCUGAUUAUGUAUUUUGUGGCACAGAAAAAUUACCACCACCAGUUGUCUCAGAUGGCCCAACUUUAAUCGUUGUCUUCAGCUCCGGUCUGACUCAAGGCCAGGGUUUCAAAGGACGUUACACCUUUCUUCCAGACUAUCGGAUUCCAGGAACUCCUGAACCACCCAGAUGCAAAUUCAAAUAUUUAAGUGAAUCGGCUAAAAAAGGAGUCUUCAACUCUCCUAGGCACCCUAAUAGUUAUCCACCAAUUACUCAUUGUGAAUAUUGGUUUAUUGGAUUACCAGGUGAACAGAUAGAAAUUACAUUUGUUGAAUUUAAUCUCAAAAAGGAUAGUGAACUUGUUCUUGGUUAUGAUGAAUUUUGUCAAGAAGAUUGGAUUGAAAUGUAUGAAAUUCAUCCAAGUGGACGGGAACAAAAAAUAGGCCGUUAUUGUGUAUAUUCAGCUCCUGGACCUUAUGUUACUCCCAUUGGUAUCAACCAACUUAAGAUUGUAAUGAAAACUGACGGGGCCGAUACAUCAAGCGGUUUCUUAGCCAAUUACCAUUUUAUAUCUAGAACAAGUAUUCAAUCAGAUUGUGGAGGAAACGUUACUGGAUUACUAUAUGGCUACUUGCGUAGCCCAGGCUAUCCUGAAAAAUACCGACCACAAAAAUUAACAUGCAACUGGUACAUUAAUGUUAAGCCACACCACAGAAUUCUUUUAACUUUUUUAAGUUUUAUCAUAGAAGGCUCCAUGAGAGAACGAGGUUGUCCAACAGCUGUGCUCAGAGUCUGGUCUGAUUUAAGUAAACCGCCAAUUGAGUUGUGUGGAGUUGGUCUUGAAAAUGACACUCAAGAGAUGCUUUCAACUACAAAUAUGCUCAAAAUAUCGUUCAUGAUCACUGACACUGCUGUAGGAGCUCGUGGAUUUGAGGCUCUUUGGUCUGAAGUUAAGGAAGAUGGAGCCAACUGUGAUGCCCUUCAAUGUCCUAAAAGUGGCUAUUGUAUUUCAAAUGAAAUGAAGUGUAAUGGGGCACCAAAUUGUGGUUUCUAUGAUCAUAUAGACGAAGCAAAUUGUAUCAAAGUUACUGAAGUAAACAAAUUGAUGAUGGUUGCAAUGAUUGUUGUUGGAACAAUUUUAUUCAUGAUAAUUUUAUGCAGUUUAUGUCACCGCAAACACAGAAGACGCCAAAGUGCAGAUACAAUUAGCGCUCAGUUUGAUGCACCCAGGCCAAAACAACAGCAUGACCUACAACCAGCCUCGAUACCUCCUUAUCUACACGUCGACAGUGUUUGACUGUUGGUUAAUUUAAUGAAAUUUUAAAAAUAAAUCAACUAUGAAAAUAACAUCAUUUCCAACCUCCAUUGUUCAGAAUCAUAUCCUGAUCAGAUGAGCCAACGAACUUGCCACAUUUUCUACGUAAUUAAAUAAAGCUAUAGAAUUAAAGAUGGAUAACAGUUUAACCGAAUUAUUAUUUCAAUUUAAACCGAUAUUUGUUAUGUAUCUUAAUGUAUCUUAAUUUUUCCCCAAUUGCUAAUUAUAAAUUAACUUUGACU